CACAGAGUCGUCUGACGUCACGCUAUCAAACCGGAAAACCGAAAGUAAACAAACCGGUUGAGAAGUAAGUAAGCUUCUCUGUGGCGAAUUUAUUAUGAAGAACAAGCUAAUUGUCUUUCUUAUUUAACACAAUACUAUCUAAUUUGACUGUGUGUCACACUUUUUUUCAUCCAACUGUCUCCGUGGUCGACGACAGACUUCGUUUAUGGGUGUUUUGUCAGCUAGCUACUAGCUAACAUUAAAGGCUAACCUCGCAGCGUUCACUGUUUAGGGUUUAAUUAGCGACAAAUGCCUCUAGAGGGAGAGCAGCCUAUUCCCCUGCUUCGCUCCCGGAACUCCCUAAUUGAAGUCAAUGCUGUGUUUUGUAACCGCACGAACCGUGUGGUGCGUCCAUUAUGGAUAAACUACCGUGGGGAACCGCACCCGUACGAUGAUCUACAGCCAGGAUCGGGACGGCGAAUGACCACAUACGUAGAUCAUCCUUGGAUGUUCAGAGAUGUAGAGAGUGAUGAGCUCCUAAAAGUGAACACCAAAGACCUGUUCCUUCCUUUACCAGCAGAGGGCGGACAUGCUACUUUUGCUCAUGUCACUCUACCAUUAUACAGCCUCAAGGACUGUUCCCUUCAGGUCAUUCGGCGUCUUGUGCGGCCAGAAGACUACAGAAGGUUGGAGAUUGCGCGGUGUCUCCAUGAAGAGCUGGAAGAUCAUCCCAGUAUACAGAAAGAUCUUCGUCGCAUGAACCAGCGAUUAGAGCAGCAUCUGCUGGAGAGGAUCCAAGGCCAGGAGGAAUGAGACAUGAAACUGAACAGUUAUUAGAGAUCAGGAGAUCUAUUUUGCACAUCAGUAAGGCAAGAAUAAAAAGAAAAAAUAUAAGAGUAGUUCUCAGAUAAGACAUCAGCUGUUGCCUUGACGAUUUUAGAGAUCUUAUAAUUGUUUCAAGUCUGACUUGGUUAGAUCUGCUGUUCGCCACUUUCAUUUACUGCUUUAAGCAAAUAUCACUCAUCAUGACUCAUAAAUCUGUAGCUUCUCCUUCAAAGGUCUGGUAGAUAUAAGAGUUUGUGACAGGUUGCGAUGAGACUGCAGUUUGUACCAAACUGAGCGCUCCCCUGCUUACCCCCUUCCUCUCCCAGGGGUCGUCUCCACAUACCACACAGGAUGUUGUUAUUUCUUGUUUUCUUAGUAAGCUUCUGCUUUAAAAUGCAAAUGCACACUCUGCUGUAGAAACAUGUUGGCACAAUAUGCUGGCCUUUGUUCAUGGUUCCCAACAUGGAUCCUUGAAAUCCUUGAAAGUUUGAGAAUUUGAAAAAACAACAUUUCAUAACCCUAACCCUAACCUUUGAAAGAAAAUCACCUUAAAUAGACAAAAAUGCUUGAAUUUUGUGCAAUAAAGAAAUCAAGUUGCUAUUUAGUUAAAUGUCUCCCGCCGCCGAUGUGCCCUUGUUUAUUACGACAUCACCUACUGUUUCAUGCGCCCUGCAUUUCUGGAUGUACGUAGACUAGGCCUACGCAGAACACACGUAGAGUCACAAUUACUAGUCGUGUUGUGGACACUGUCCUCUCUCUCCACCAGUGACAUGAGAUUGCAGAAUAGAGAGUGAGUAACGUUAAGCAAGAGAGAGUAAACAAUGCAAUGGGAAAAUGGGAAAUGCAAAUUCCAAGAUCUCUGUCUCACCAAAGAAAAUUAUUACAAAGACUUACUUCCCCAAAUUCCCAAGGACAAUCAUAUGUCCAGAUGCAGAGUGUGCUGCAAAUCAUUAAAAGUUGAAGCCAUGGACAAAGCGGCUUUUAUAAGUUUCCCUCCCAACUUAGGCUGUGUCAGUGCAUUCGGUCCUUGAAUUUGAGUGAAUUGGUCCUGGAACAUUUAAAAAAAAAAAAAAAGAUUAUUCUAAGGCUAAUAAAAUCUAACAAUUUUUUUUAUUUUAAAGUGAUUAUACACAAACAUAAUCAUGGGAAGUGUAUUCAACUUCUACAGAUAAACCCUUCGAAAAAGUUUUACACUGAACUAAAUUAAUGACGGCAUAUUCUCUUUGGAUUAGCAUUGUUUUUCCUCUAAAAAAUGUUAUCUGAUGAUUUCUAUGUUUAUUCCCACAAGCCCACUAAAGAAACUGGAAACAUUUAACUUGAGAUCUGUUACUCUCAACUUCAUUUUGUCAAAGACAUGCAUGUUCUCAUGCUACAUGCAAAGAUUUGCAACGGAUGGAAAUUAUAACGAUAUUUGUGUCUUGGAAUCAGUAGAUAUUUUUAAAGAAAACAUGUACAUUAAAUGGGAAUUCCAGAAACGCAUAUGCGAUUAAAUACCUCCACUCAACUAAUCCUCCCACAGAGACAUUUCCUGAUUUGACUGCUAUCUAGGACUGUGUCACUGUGGACGAACUGGGUUUGACUGACAGUCCCACUGUCAUUACACAUUUUUGUGUUUUUUGCAUUUUAAUAUGCAGAAGUCUUAUUGUCUUCCUCUCAAAAAACACCUUACUUUGUUAUCCAGGCUAUAUUGCAGAUCAUUUCCUUUUGAGGGGAGAAAGUAAAUACAUUGCCAGGCUGUGAAACAGUGAUCAAGGAGCUCAUGUUUUUGUUUUGCCUCUUUAGAAUUACAUGUAUUCUUCUGCAGAGCUUUCAGAAAUCACAAUUGAGCACCUUGCUACUGUGUCACAAAUAUGUUUUUAAUGGGGUAUAAAUGAAAAUAUACAUCUUAAUGGUGGAAACAUGUUAAAGAGUAUUUUUGUGAAUAUGAACUAUAUGCAACAGUGAGCAAAAUUAUCUAUCUGCUGGUCUGAAAACUGUUGUAAAAUCAUUUGUAUGUUUUUGUGGAAAUGUAUUUCUAUUUUACUAUUAUAGUGACUAUGUAAUUUUGUAUCUCACUGUGUGGUCAACAAUAUUUGAAAGUGAUCACUGAUUCAUUUUAGUAACAUCCAAUAAAGCAGCACAUUUUUAAAAA